UUUCCGCGGACAGAUGCUUUCUGCUGCUUCCUGAGGGCACAGAGGACUUCCAGCUGAUCAGUAGGGUUUCAGCGGAGACCUGCUGCCUUUUCAGACUGUUGUUUCAGCUUUGAGGAAGAGGAGGAGGAGGAAGAGGAGAGGUGGUUUUGGGAAGGCUGAGAGUCGCUGCGAUGGUCGGAGGAUGCCUCCGCGGCUCUCCGGAGCGCACGAGGCGGUUCCAGCCCUCCGACGGUCCGCUGCAUCCGGAUCUUCCGCCUGCUGGUGUGCAGCUCGGUGACGGUACCGGUACCACACUGUAGGUUCGGUUCAGAGGAACAGAGCCUGAAGGCAGCGUCACGUCCCUGCUCCGCAGUGCUGGAGGAGUUUGCGCCUGUCGGAGGAAUCUAUGCAAUUUUCUCUUUACUCUGCGUGUUAUGAUGAGCUCAGAGGGGGAGGAUGCGGGUCCAGCCUGCAGGGAGGCGAAGGGAGAGUCCGGCAGCACCCAAAGCCACACCUGGGAGGAGAGCCAAGGACGUCCGCACCCCGACUUGGAGGCACAGCGAGGAGAGGAGGAGGAAGGAGGCUGUGGAGCUGACGCGGAGAAAUUCAAUGAGGAGGACAACGGGGGGAGCACAUCCGGCGAGGAAGGGGCGGUCGGGGGGAGAUCCUGUAAGGCGCAGGUGAUGCACUCCAACAGCAGCAGCGAGACCUGCAUCCCCACCCCCAGCUGCAGGAUCUGCUUCCAGGGAGCAGAGCAGGGGGACCUGCUGAACCCGUGUCGCUGCGACGGCUCGGUCCGGUACACCCACCAGCAGUGUCUGCUGAAGUGGAUCAGCGAGCGAGGCUGCUGGACCUGUGAGCUCUGCUGCUACCGCUUCCAGGUCAUCGCCAUCAACAUGAAGAGGCCGUGGCAGUGGCAGUCCAUCACCAUCACCCUGGUGGAGAAGGUGCAGAUCAUCGCCGUGUUCCUGGGCUCGCUCUUCCUGGUGGCCAGCAUCUCCUGGCUGUUGUGGUCGGCUCUGAGCCCUCAGGCCAUCUGGCAACGCCGCGACGUCCUCUUCCAGAUCUGCUACGGCAUGUACGGCUUCAUGGACCUGGUCUGCGUAGGAUUGAUUGUCCACGAGGGGGCGGCGGUAUACAAUGUCUUCCUGCGCUGGCGAGCUGUCAACCUCCACUGGGACGUCCAGAGUUACGAUAAGACCAAAGACAUGGAGGAGACGAGCACUGGUCCCUCCUCGUUGGGCCCCAGGACGCUCUGGUUGCCUCUGGCCACCUUUGGGGCCAGCGGGCCCCUUCACCCCACCCAGCUGGGGUCACGGCCUUGGACCUGCCUCUGCUUGGCGCCCCUCUGUCCCUGCCUGGUGCAUCAGAACAACCUGAGCCAGGACGCCGACUCAGGAGAGGUCGUUAUCCGAGUGACAUCUGUGUAAGCACCAACCAGGAACUAAGACCCGCCCCCUUCUGGAGGGAGGAGUCAGAAAUGUACAGAAGAGCAUUUAAAUGUCCUGUUUUUUUGCUUUUCUGGUUGCCAAAUAUUUGUUUUCUCCUUGAGGCCGGCCCUCAAUCUCCAGUUUUCCAGUUCUCCAUGUUUUUAUACGUAAGUAAACUUAGUAAAAUUGGGUUAGUGAUCAGGAAACGUCUCGCAGGCUCAAAGGUUGAAAUUUUAUCUUGUAACCAGUUUGGUGAACCUCCCCCGGUUGGAGCAGCGCUGGUCUCUCUCUCUCUCUCACAUCAAUCAUCUUUACUGUCGUUAGUGCCAAGAGCUUGAAUCAGUGACUAACUUAGUUAGGAUGGAGCAUCUCAACCAUCAAGAGUUAAUCAGCAUCAAAAUAAUCACAGAAGCCAUAAAAACGCAUCAAAGCUACAGAUUUGGCUGGUUUAUUAUUCUGUCGGUUCCGAUUCCGUAAAUUAAGCCAAAAAGCUGCUUAAUGAUCAAACAGGCAGUUUAUCAGAUAGAUAACACGCGAUGUUUACAGAAUCAAAUUAAAAAUAACGUCAUCACUGUGAUUUCACGACUAAAACACUAAAAUAAUUCAGCUGUAAAGGUGAUUCACGUACCUUUUGGGGUCAUUUUAAUUUAUGCUAUUAUUUAUUAGAUGGACUUAUUUGCAAUGCUUUUAUUUUAUUCCCCUGAUUUGAAUCAGCAGGUGGUUAACAGGCCUGAUGAGCAAAUCCUAAACGAGUCAUGUGACCAAACCGGUACUUCAGUUACAGAAUAAUGAGAAAUAAUCUCAGAAAUAAGAAUUAAAUCCUAAAGUGUUUGUUUACUGAACAGAAGCAGCAGCAGAACUGUUCGGUUUGUCUUCAACUUGUGUAAACUAUAUUCAAUAAUGUUCAAGUUAACUGGCCCAAGUCCAGGUCAUGUGACUCACACCUCUGCUCUACACUGGUUGUCAUGCUCAGAACUGUACCUUUAAACUUGGGUUUAGGUUGUGCUUAGACCGAAGCCAACGAGCACAGAUGGAUCUGUUGUUGUGUUUGCUUUCCUGUGAAGUGCUGUCUGUCUGUCUGGUCUGGACCCGGUCCCGUAGCGGUUCUGGUUUUACCUCAUUUGGGUCGUUUUGGUGCCUUGAGAGGCUGGAGCAGCACAGAAACAACCUGAAUGUGACUCUGCUGUGUUUGUUCUGUUGAAUGCAACCCGGUUGUUAAGUAUAAAGACUAUUUGUACAAACAGA